UGGAGACCUCUUGCAGCGUGUCGCGCGCACAGCCCUCCCUCCGUGCCACGCGCGCGCGCUAUCACCAGUUCAAACUUUGUCCGGAAAGGAAGCAAGGAAGGAAGGAAGGACGGAAGGAAGGAAGGAGGGGGCCUCGCAUUAAGGAAGUAGGAAGUAGGAGGGAAGGAAAGGGUUUUUCGGCGGGACGGGAGCCCGCGAAGGAGACGUGUUGGCGGGAUGAGACGGCGUCGCGCGCUGACAGUUCGGCGCGCACACUGCGGACGUGCGAGGAGACUGCCGUAGCGCGGGGAUGUUAGCGCGAUUCUCGAAUGUUCCGUCUUUGUCUCGUUGAUCCCCGCGGACCGGGACCCCGCCCGGAUCAGCAGCUCGCCAGGAAGACGCUCUGAGACGCCCCGCCGGCCGCCCAGUCUGCUGCUCGUCAAGGACGCGCCGGAGUGGACCCGGGACCACGUCCGUGGAUCGUAAAUGGAGUCCCUUGUCCGUCCUGGUCCUGGUGGACAGACCUUGUGGGACUGAGGACCCGAAUCGAACCCCCCCCUUACUCACCCCUUCCCGCCACCACCUGCAGCCUCGCGGGAAUUUAAGCCCCUCGUGACGUGUUCUGAAUCGGCAAGAUUCCACUCCUCGAUGACGGCCACCGACGGACAGCUGGACGAGCCAAUGAGGUCCUUCUGUCAGCCGUAGUCCCGCCCCCACGGGUUUCUCCCUGUCCAGUGAGAAGAGGACGCCCCCACUUGUUAUUGACCGACGUCAUCAUCAUGGAGGCGACGUCCCCGCUCCUCCUCCUGGUCUUCGUGGCGGCGUCCUGGCUCCUACCGCUGUGCUCGGCGUCCAUGUUGUGUCCCAAACGCUGCACGUGUCAGAACCUGCUGCCCUCUUACACGGUGCUGUGCGCCAAGACGGGCCUGCUCUUCGUCCCGCCGAACGUCGACCGCCAGACGGCCGAGCUGCGUCUCAUGGACAACUUCAUCACCACGCUGAGACACCGCGACUUCGCCAACAUGUCCAGCCUGAUCCAUCUGACGCUGAGCAGGAACACCAUCAGUCAGAUCCGACCGUUCACCUUCGCCGACCUGCAGGACCUCCACGCCCUCCACCUGGACUCCAACCGCCUGACCACGCUGGACGACGCCCACUUCCAGGGCCUGGUCAACCUGAGGCACCUGAUGCUGGCCAACAACCAACUCCACAGCAUCUCCCAUGGAGCGUUCCAGGACUUCUUGGAGACCCUGGAGGACUUGGACCUCAGCUACAACAACCUGGUGGAGGUUCCUUGGGAGACCAUCUCCCUGCUGGUCAGCGUCAACACGCUCAGUCUGGACCACAACUUGAUCGAGAAUGUUCCUGAGGGAAUCUUCUCCAAUUUGCACAAGCUGGCCAGACUGGACAUGACGUCCAACAAGCUGAAGAAGAUUCCGCCCGACCCGCUCUUCCUGCGCAUUCCAGUCUACGCCAAGAUGAAGGGCUCGCCGCUCAGCGCGCUGGUGCUGAGCUUUGGCGGGAACCCGCUGCACUGCAACUGCGAGCUGAUGUGGCUGCGGCGGCUGACCCGAGAGGACGACUUGGAGACUUGCGCCUCCCCCAAAGACCUGGCCGGAAAAUACUUCUGGACAAUCCGAGAGGAGGAGUUUGUGUGCGAGCCGCCCAUGAUCACGCGCCACACGUCCAAGAUGUUUGUGAUGGAAGGCCAGGAGGUCAGCCUGCGCUGUAAGUCCAUCGGAGACCCGGAACCUUCCACGCACUGGGUCAGCCCCGAAGGGAAGCUGAUGGGGAACACUUCCAGAACCGUCUGCUAUGAGAACGGCUCCCUAGACAUCCUCAAGGCCUCCGUCAAGGAUUCCGGAAAGUUCACCUGCAUUGCGUCCAACGCGGCCGGCGAGGCCACGGCGCCCGUGGAGCUGGUGGUCAACCCGUCGCCGCACUACGACCCCAAACUGGAGGCCGACCCCGGGCCUUCGGACGUGCCCACGUCCAUCAAGUCCAACAUCAGCGGCGGGCAGGCGCGCUCCGACCAGCAGCGGGUCAGCGUCUCCGACCUCACGUCCAGCUCCGCCCUCAUCAGGUGGCCCCCUCAGAACCACAUUCCAGGCGUGCGCAUGUACCAGGUCCAGUACAACAGCUCGGCCGACGACAUCCUCAUCUACAGGAUGAUCCCGGCCAAUCACAAGUACUUCCUGCUGAGCGACCUGGCGUCCUCCCGCGACUACGAGCUGUGCGUUCUGGCCGUCUACGACGAUGGCGUCACGGCGUUGACGGGAACCAAGCUGGUGGGCUGCGUGGCCUUCGCCACCGAGCCCGAGUAUGGACGUUGUCACUCCAUUCGGGAUCAGUUCCUGGGAGGGACCAUGAUCAUCAUCAUCGGGGGCAUCAUCGUGGCGUCCGUCCUCGUCUUCAUCUUCAUCCUCCUGAUGAAGUACAAGCUGCACAGCAACCACUACAAGCACAAGACCGCGGCUCGCCACACCAACGUCUGCUCACAGACCAACGGAGGAGGAGGCGGAGCUAGCGUCCUGGCUGUGCAUCCCGCCUCCUCCACUGCGGGCCAAGGUGACAAAGGGGGUGCUAAAAAAGGCAGCCAGUCGUCGAUGGCGGCAGACGGGGCGAGCGCGUCCCGUCGAGGAACGACUGUUGUGGAUUUGGAUGCCGCCCACGACGACGACGGCGUGUCGCAAUAACGCACAACAAACUGUCAAUCAAACCCACAAACCAAUACUCCACCUCCCCUCCCCCUUUCUUGAGUUGCUGCUGGCGCCGGGAGCCGAGCUGGUCUUCGCCGCCCCUCACUGGUGCCUUGCCAGGUCACAUGGUCACGUGCCUCCGAUGAGCCCCGAAGUGAAGUGGACCAGAACCAAAAGGAGGUCCGCAGGAGGCGGGCCUAGUACCGCGAAGGACCCAUUUGGACUCCUCGGCCGGCGCAUAAAAAGGCCAAAGGAUUCUUACACUUAGUCACAACACGGAGGACACGCAGACGCAAACUUUUGUGGCAACUUCAUCAAGACGUCAUCUUCACCCGGACAGUUCCAGAUAAUCCCGUGCGGACGUACAAAAAGAACCUUGGCGGUGAUGAUGUAAGCUAAUGUACGCCCCGCCCCCUCACUGUCGGCCUCGUCUGUGUUGGUAUGUGCCCCCUCCCUCCCGUCUUCUUUGUUGGUUUGAUACUCUUGGGUUUGAACACAAACACCACUUGAUGCUUUCAUAGGAGCAAGCGCGUGGAUUUCUAAUGAAAUAAAAAGUAUUUUUAUCGGAA